AUGGUACACCGGCAUUUACGUCUGCCGGAGUUCUGGGCUCGAACUUUGGCCAGUCGAGGUGCCUCUGCGCUUGCUGUUCAUUUCGGUGACCGGCCGGCUUGGACCUUCGGUCGAAUCGACGCCUAUGCCAACCGUGUAGCCAACGCCCUUCUCGCCGAGGGCUUUAAACAGGGCGACAAUUUCGCACUCAUGAUGGAGUCGCAUCCGGCUUACAUCGCCAUUUGGCUUGGAGCAGCAAAGGUGUGUUCUGUGUGUGCUCGAGGUUUGGCUUCUGUGCGCGAUCAGUGCCAGGCUGAACGCUGA